UUCGAGAUCUUCAACCUGAUGGACGACGUCUUCAAGGUCUUCGACCAUCUAGUCUCCAUGAGCGGCAUGUACAAGUAUCAGCAUGUUGGCGACUGGUACAUCAUCACCUGCCCCCGGGCCGCCAACCCCUUUGCGGAGCAGGAGCAGAGGAAACCUUACCCGCACGACUACGUGACGUCGAUGGUGCAGCUAGCGAGUUGCUUGCAGCUGGCGUGCAAGGGGUAUGACUACAAGGGGACGCAGCUCAGUCUCAAGGUAGGCGUCCACUUCGGAUCCGCCGCAGGGGCAGUGAUCGGGGUCCACCGAUCCUUCUACUGCGUGUACGGGGACACGAUCAACACCACAGCUCGCAUG